AUGAAAGCUCAUAAAACUUCCGAGAUACUGCGUGAAAAGCACCUCAACAACCGCGGGAACGGUGGCUAUCCAUCAUUUGCGGAUGCCUCUAACGAGACAGCAUUAAGGGACAUCACUAGCAAAAAGAAUUGGUAUUGCAACUGCAAUAGAACUGCUGCUUAUGAUGGACUGGAAGGUGUGGCAGUACUGAGGUUUUCCGCAGGCACAUAA